UUGUUGACCCACACCCAUAUCCAGUUGGCGCAUCAGCCCGCCAUGGGGCAGCACCAAAGCGUUUGCUGCCAGGAGGAGCAGGCGAGCGAGAUCAGGGAGGUGGUGCAAGCCGCCUACACGGACGACGCGCCCGAUUCGGAGCUGAACCAAGUGGAGCUCUCGGAGCUGAACCAGGUGGAGCCAACGAAAUCUGACGCGAUCUGCGGGCGGCCGUCCGAGUCCUCGCCCCUCGUGCUUGCUGCCAAGUGCGGCUCAACUUCGCCGUUUUCCGCAAAACUGAAGUUGGGGAAGGUGCGCGACCUGCAGGUCGACCUCGAGAUCCUGCGGGGCAUCUCGCUGCGGAGGACGCUGCGCUCCGGUGCCGGGAGGUUGUGGCGCCGCUCGCCGGUGGAUCUGGCGCUGGAGCGGCGGGCGGAGCUCUGGGGGGAGUCCAGGCCUGUGGAGAGCUUCGACAUCUUCCUGUCCCACACCUGGCAGACUUCUGGGCUGUCGAAGGUGAUGUCCCUGGUGCUGCAGAAUGGCUGGUGGGCGCACUGCCUCUUCGGGGCGCUGGGGUCUGGGCUGGCGGUGGUCUUGUGCUACCUGGAGCUGCUGCCCUUGAGCGCGGGGAUCGAGGACGUGACGCAUCCCUGGGCGCAGCUCUUCGGACUCUUGGGCUCGCUGCUGGGCUUGUUGGGCUCCCUGUACCUGCCGCGGUGCAGUCCGGACAUCGCCUUCCUGGACGUGGUGAGCAUCCACCAGACCGACCCGGCGCUUAUGGAGCGGGGGAUCUACGGGCUCGGGGGCUUCCUGCGAGUGUCUCGGGAGCUGAGGGUGCUAUGGUCGCCGCCCUAUCUGUCGAGGCUUUGGUGCGUUUUCGAGCUUGCAGCCUACCGCACCGCAAACCCAACUGGCAACAUCACCUUGGCGCCACUCUUCGUGGAGCUUUGGAUGGCAUCAAAGCGA